GAGCAGCCGAGCAUCGCCUGGGUCAUUAUCGCGACGACGGUCUUCGGAUUUCUGUUCUACUCGCUGACGGUGAUGGCAUGUUUGGUAUCUCCCGCUUGUCCAUUUCAAACGCCGAUAUCAACGAUCUUGCGCAUGUUGCGCAUAGACAGGGUUCUACGCCUGGUGCUCAAACGAGUAUCCUGUUAUUUCCAGCAGCUCACAACGUUAGUGCACGGCGUGCUGCAACGAUUGCUUGGUAUCGUCAGAUCGAGAUGGAGUUGUUUGUCUGAAAUAUUUAGAGGCCCUGUACAUGCGGUCGGCACAUUCGCACGACGAUCUCUUCAGCAGUUAUUCACCACGCUUCAUAACUGGCUGCGUUUUGUUGCUCCGCACUCCCUGAUAAAGGUCGUGGACACAGAAGCACAGCCGCUCGACCUGCAUUUGGAUUUUUCGUCGGAGAAUGAAUACGCUCUCAGCCUCCCUGACAUACCCACCAGCAAUCUCGAAGCACCUAGCAUCAAGUGGCUGCUUGAGACAUCUACGGAUCCUGAAGUAUUUCUCGCGGCUGUCAGCCUUGUUCCGCUGGUCGAAUGGCCCCUGGAUCUUGACGUCUCAGACACGUUGCCUCAGCUGUAUGAUAUUUUCACAAGCUGCAUCGGCUUUCAUGGGCAAAUUAUACCGUCGUUGGAGGAGAAGGCCUCGGCUUGUAUAAUGGCUCUGAGUCAUCUAUAUUGUGGCCGCGUUCUUCAGUAUCCUGGCCAUGGUGAAUUUCUUUGCCGUGGGAGAAGAGACUACGACGUGUUUCAGGAGAUUAGCAUGAUGGACAUGGGUGAAGCCAACGACAUGGUGCUUGCCCUGGCUAUGCAACUUUGUUUUCCGGAAGAUGAUGACGAUAGAUCUUUGCUGUAUACGUUUUGGUUAGACGAGUGUCCCGACUCUGUCUUUGAGUGGGUGUCACACUCUCUUCCUUACCUCUUUGUCACUGGGCGAGUGAAGAAAGAUGCAGAAGAAUUCGCCAUAGAGGUGAUAUCAAAACUGUCAUCCUCUUCUUCCUCUCCGUCGAAUCAAAUCAUAGCAAAUUGCACUCUUCUCGCUUGCGUCAUGGUCGGGGUUCGGUUUGACAAGAAGGAUAUAGUUCGGAUUGAUAAAAGUUCUUCCCUGCCUCGAUUCGCGAAUGCCCUUUUGGCGCAUUUUGAAAAGGUUCUCUGGGCAUACGAUGGAGGCGAUCUCGAGAAAGACAGCACAGGAAUCACACGCCGGGCAUGGAACCUCCUCGACGUUAUUUGUCGCAUCCUCGAGCCUGCCAAACAGUAUUAUAGUCCUUCAUGCUACACCAUCCGGAACCUAGAUAUGUGCAGGAAGAUUUACGAGCGAGCGAGGUCAUCCGAACAACAUUAUCCCUGGAAAUUGUUGGAUGCUCUGCAAAAUGCACUGCACUUCACGCUCACUGCUGUCCAAGUAUCUCGGGACCCUGCCCAGUUGUGGUAUAACCAGUUUUUUCAGACAGCCAUUUCCCACUCGCCAGAAGACUUCGACUGGCUGGUGGACUACCUCGAGUAUAUUCAUUCCUAUAUUCAU